AUGUCCAUUGGGUCGAUCCACUCAGCGCCUGAAUUCGUCGCCGCCCCGCCGUCGCCCACUCCGUCCGCUUCCACUCCCUUGACCAGAGAAGCAGAGGACGGGUCGGACACUUCACCUGGUCCGGCUGAUCCGACGUCAGCGUCGUCUGAGAGGAUGGAAGAAGCGACAGGAAGGCGGAGGAAGAGUGUCAAGCGGCUGCCGCACACAUUGUGGGAUUACUUGCAGGAGGAGAUCUUUGCGGUCGAGCUGGACGGCGAGGAAGGCAUCAAGAGCGAGCGGGUCACCAACUUCUUCGCUGUCCCCCGAGAACUCGAAAAGAUCAUCCUAUUCGGCGUCUUCAUCUGCCUCGACUCGUUCCUCUACACUUUCACCAUCCUCCCUUUACGAGCCAUCAGCGCCUUCCGCCAACUCGUCGCCAACCUCUUCCACAACGUCUUCCUCAGCCGAAGAAACGGCGGGAGAAAACGUCACCUCCGCUUGUCGCACAAGUGUGACUUGACGAAGGUGGCGAUACUAGCUGGAACGCUCUUCCUCCUGCAUCGUGUCACGGAUGCGAGCAAGAUGUACCACGGCGUGCGAGGGCAGGAGACGAUCAAGCUCUACGUCCUGUUCAAUGUGUUGGAGAUUGCCGACCGCCUCUGCUGUUCGUUCGGACAGGACUUGCAAGACUCGCUCUUCUCGCACCAGACCUUCGGCCGCCGGACAGACGGAAGUCACCCGCACAUCCGUCCUGUCGCGCUUUUUGCGCUGAACCUGGUCUACGUCGUCGCGCACAGUCUCGUCCUGUUCUACCAGCUCGUUACCCUCAACGUCGCCAUCAAUUCGUACUCCAACGCCCUCCUCACCCUCCUCCUCUCGAACCAGUUCGUGGAGAUCAAGGGCAGCGUCUUCAAGAAGUUCGAGAAGGAGAAUCUCUUCCAGCUCACCUGCGCCGACAUCGUCGAGCGAUUCCAACUCGCCCUCAUGCUCUUCAUCAUCGCCCUUCGCAACCUGAUCGAGCUUUCUUCCGCCUCCUCAUCGUCCCUCUUCUCCUUCUUGCCCGCCUCGUUCCGCUCCGUCUCUCUCACCCUUCCGUCGCUUCCGACUCUCUCCCUGCUCCAGGCGAUCUUCUCCCCCGCAGUGGUUGUCCUCGUCAGCGAGUGCUUCGUCGACUGGCUCAAGCACGCCUUCAUCACCAAGUUCAACCACAUCCGACCUGGCGUCUACGGCCGCUUCGUCGACGUCCUGUGUAAGGACCUUGUCGCUGGUGCUGGCUCGAAGCGGGCGACCGAGCAACCAUUCGUCGACCAAUCCCCCUUCGUCGCCCGCCGCCUCGGCUUCGCCGCCCUCCCGCUGGGCUGCCUCGUCGUACGCGUCAUUUCGCAAGCAUUCGAGAUGCUCGCGGACGACUCGGCCGUCGACGAGUGCGCGCCGUCACGGAUGAGCAGCGCAAUUGGGUUGAGGGGCAUCGUCGCGGCUGUGAAGGAGGAGGAUUGGGUUGCGAGGGUCGGAAGUUGGGCGGUGGUUGCCUUGACGGUGUUUGUGGUCCUCGUCGCCCUCAAGCUGCUCAUCGGGAUCAAUCUGCGCGCAUUUGCGUCGGAGCGCUGGAGCACGAUGCUCGAGCGCGAGGAGGAGGAGCGCCUGAACGACCGUCAGCGGCCCAAGAUUGGUGUGACAGCGAAAGAAGCUGAGAUGGACCGCCAAGUCGCGUCGCUGCUGGCGGACGACGUCUUCGACUCGGCCUAUCGCCACCGCAAGAUCAAUCUGACGAGCUUGACACGCUACGACAUGGUCAAAUCGAGACUCUGGUAG